GGCAUUUUCUCUGAAAUUGUCAGACAUAUUUUUAUAUUUCGUGCGAAUCGUGCAAAGAUUUCAAGCGGCAUCUAAAAACCAUCACACAUAGUGGACUAACAUUUUGUUUUUUUUAUUUAAAACAUUUGUAAAUAAGUCGAUUACUAUCAACUGAAUGUUGGAACAUCAUGGAUCCAGCUAAGUUAAAAGUUGUUGAGCUAAGACAAGAGCUCGCAAGUCGUGGUCUUGACCAGAAAGGUGUUAAGGCAGUUUUGGUGGCACGCUUAACAGAAGCUUUAGAAUCGGAAAAUGCUGAAACCCCAAAUUCUGUCUCCAGCGAAAGUGGUGAAAGUGAACAGAGCAGUGUUGAAGUUCCGACUCAGCAAAUUGAAGCUGUUGCCGAGUCGGUAAUUGAAAAUGACAACCAGCCCGAAGAAGAUGAAGAAAUGCCAAUAGAACAAGAAGCAGAGAAGACUAUUGUCAGUGCAGAGCCGGUUGGUACCAAAACGGUUGAGGCAGCAGCAGAAGUACCAACAGAAACCUCCGAUCCGGUACCGAUUACCGAAGUUCAACAACCAUCGGCUGUGACGGAAGACGAGCCAAUGGACGAAGAUUCAAAUAUUGAACAGAAAAUCGAAUCGACAAUUGCUGACGACGAUAAAUUGAAGGAUGAUGUACGACAACCGAAUGUUGAGCACAUUGAAGAGAAUGUGACUGCUGCAUUGGGAGAAGCAGCUGAUCCCGAGGAAGUGAAAGAAGAAGAAAGUACAAAAUCUGAAGCAGAACCGGCGAAACCAGAAGUUGACGUGGAAACAAAAAUGGAAAGUUGUGAUGAUGAGCGGACAAGUGUGACGCAAUCUGAAGAUAAUAAACGUGAAAGUGAAAGUGAUUCCGAUCGUACUCGCAAACGUAAACGAUCACGUUCCAAGUCCUCGUCGCCAACAGUCAAACGGUCCCGUCGUGCUUCACCCGUACAAAAUACUGACGACUUUACCAACGUUGAAGACGAGCCCGAAAUUGAUGCCAGUGCUGUACUGCUGAGUUGGUUCGACUCGGAUUUGAAUUUGAAAGUCAACUCAUCGGAAUUUCUGUCGGCCCGUCCGAUAUCUGAGGGACCAUUGCAUAUGGCUUGGGCAGGAGUUAGAGCCACUCAUGGAGUGAAAAGUGGAAAAGUUUCGUAUGAAAUACUAAUCGAUGACUUAUAUCGAAUUCGUGGACAGUACGAUCGAAAUCCUAAUGAAAUCCGUUGCGGAUGGUCCGUUAAAACAUCCAGCUUGCAGCUUGGUGAAGCGCCACUUUCAUUCGGCUAUGGCGGUUCAGGUAAAAAAUCACUGAACAACGAGUUCACCGAUUAUGGUUGUAAAUUCAGAAACCGUGGCGAUGUAAUCGGUGUGUAUUUGGAUCUGGAUAGCACACCAUGUAAGAUCGAAUACACCGUCAACGGGGAGUCCCAGGGUGUUGCCUUCGAAUUCGAGAAAAGUGAAUUGGGCGACGAGGCAUUAUAUCCACACAUUCUGUCCAAAAAUACCGGCUUCAAAGUAAACUUCGGUGGAAUGGAAAAGUCGUUUGUAAGCAAAAUUAAGCCGAAAUCGCAUCGGGACGAACGGGAUGACCGAGACGAUCGUAGAGACAGUCGACGGGACAGACGAAGUGAUCGAGAUUCUAGACGAGAUAGGGAUUCUAGAAGUCGCUCACGUUCUCGUUCACGUUCGCAAUCGCGUUCCAGAGGCGACCGAAAAGAAAAGUCUGAUGAAGAGGAGAAGCCGCCUGCUACCAACGACGAAAAACCUGCAGAAGGUGAUGCUGAAAAUCCGACCAAUGACGUUGAUACUGCCGAGACCGCUGUGUCAACAAGUCAGGAGAAUUCUGACGAACCUGUUGCUGAAGAAAAAGCGGAAGAGAAGUCUAUGGAUGUAGUGAAGAGUGAUGAGAAUGCAGCUGAUGCUGAUGGCGCUAAUGGCGACAGCCAGCCAAAAGAUGCAGAAGAAGAGGUACCUGUGGAGAAAACAAUGUUGCCCGGCUAUGAAUUCAUUGGGAAAUUGUCUAGCGAACAAUUGAUUCCCGGUUUUAGCCGACCGGAGUCGCGAAAGGAGUGCGAAAUUAUUUUGUUAAUUGGACUACCUGGUUCAGGCAAAACUUAUUGGGCUAAUAACUUUGUCAACGAGAAUAUUGACAAACACUUCAACAUUUUGGGUAUUCAGCCAUUGCUUUCGAAAAUGACGAUUUCUGGCGAACCGCGAAAGAAACACGUUGACAUGAAAUGGGACCGUUUCAUCGACUCCUGCAUUCGCGGUGUGAACAUCAUUCAGGACAUUGCAGCGAAGCGUCGACGAAACUACAUUAUUGAUCAGACAAAUGUUAUCUCGCAAAAUCAGCGUCGUAAGAUAAGAGGAUUUGGUGACUUCAAGAGAAGCGCUGUUGUAUUUAUACCGGAAGAUGAGGAGUACAAGCAACGUCUUGAGAAAAAGAUUGAAAAUGAGGGAAAAGAGGUAUCUGAGUAUUCGUCUGAUGACAUGAAAGCAAAUUUCUCCAUACCAAACUCUGGGUGUUGGUUUGAUGAAGUUAAGUUCGUUGGUUUAGAAGGGGAAGAGGCGAAAAAUAAAGUUGUCGAGUACAAUGAGCAGGGUAAAAAGGCGUUGAGUACCCACCAAUCCUCAUACAACCGUGGCUCUCGAGACUACAAUCGACCGCGACGUGAUGAUUUCCGUGACAAUCGUGACCGUGAUCGUCGUUGGGGUGGCGGUGACAGACGUUACGAUAAUCGAUCCGAUUGGCGUUCGCAGAAUUGGCGCGGUGGUGGCGGAGGAUAUGGCGGUUCUCGUGACAGAUGGCAUGGCGGAAGUGGUGGUGGUGGAGGUGGCAAUUGGGCCAACAAUUAUCGAGGAAAUAAUCGGUAUGAUGAUCGUGGCUAUCGUGGUGGCGGUGGUUACAGCCGUAAUAGAGAUUUUGGGCACGAUCGAGACCGUCGUGACGACAGAGCUAGAACCGAUAGUCGAGGUGAUCACCGGGAUUUUCGGGAUGGCAACCGCGACAGGCGUGGAGAAGAUAAACGUCGUCACGAUCGCGGGGUGCCACAAAGAGAAAAGGAUGUAAAACAAUUGAAACCACAGCCGAGUCAGGUAAAUUACAAAAGUACAAAAACCGAACCGCCUACACAAGGACAUUGGAAUCCUAAUGUGGUCGGGCCAAAUGCAAAUAAUUGGAACAAUUAUUAUCAACAACAACAACAGCAGCAACAACAACCACAAAACUGGGGAGAGUACAAUCAACAGAAUUGGAUGCAACAACAGCAGCAAUGGAGUCAGCAACAGGCACAGCCAUCAAACAAUUAUACUACUCAACAGGCGCAUCAAGUUCAAGAUUGGUCCAACUGGCAGCAACAGACACAACAGCCGCCACCUACAUCCCAACAGCCGUCACAGCCACAGCAAGAUGUAACGCAUGCUGGUUGGCAAAAUUGGGCUCAACACGCUCAAGCAUAUGGAAAUGUAGGCGAUCAAUCAGCACCAAAAUGAACAAAUGAAAACAAUCAAACAUUUCCAGCAUAACUUCGAAUGGGAACAUUAUUGCAAUUGUUUUCAUCUGUCGUUGUUUUAAUUUGUUUUUCCAUCCUCUUUUUUUUAAAUAUUCCGUUUGACAUACUAUGAAUGUCCUACACGAAAUGUUUCAUUUAUUUAAAAUUGAAAUUAUCAUUGAAAAGUUGUAAUGAAACCAAAUAAGAAGAAAAUAUUGGAGUCAAUAAUUCCAAGCAAAUUAAAAAUUCUAGCCGCAAA